AGAUAACAUCGUGCAGCUAGCAUGAAUAUAUAAUAUAUUUGAUUUGGAUUUGUAAAUGGUGUCCAAUUAAAAUAGUUGUUUAUCAUCAAUGAGGUCAACUGCAGUUAUGGUGUGAUGUUGCUCUGGCAUGCAUGAUCUCAACAUCUCACAUUGAGGGUGUCAAGACGGACAGUAACCCCCACAGUGCCAUGGCUGACGUGUUGGGACAGAGGAGCUUGUUGGGAUUUGGUGUGGUGUUGGCAUGGCUUGUCCUGUUCCACCUGCUGGUCAACAUCUGGCUGCUGUGCGUGUUCACCAGCCUGCUGGUGGUGCUUGGUGGCUGGCUCGGCUCGCAGGCCGUCCUAGAAUCCAACAGUGUGGUUCACCUGGAGAGGUUUAUCACCCUGGAGCAGGUUCCACCGUCUGUGGAGGAUGAGCAUAACUUGGACCAGGAGAUUCACAACACAGUGAGGAAAAUCAUCAGGGAUUUUGUCACCUCCUGGUACUCCACUGUGUCCUCUGAGAGUGGUUUUGAAACAGAGGUUCAAGAGGCCAUGAUCUCUAUGGCCAUGGAACUGAAAAUACGCGCUAGACAGCUCGACAGGAAGGAGCUGACCCAGAGGAUCCUGGAUCUGUUUGGCUGCCACCUGCAGGACUACAUCAGAGCCAAGGAACUGGUGACCGAGCAGCAAAUGACUCCGACAGCAAAGUGCAGCAGUGAGAGCGAGCAGUUGUGGAAAGCCUAUUCCAGCGUUACCGCGCCUCAUCUUGCUAUGAGCAGUGACACGGUGAAAGUCAACUACACCAGAGCAGUCACAGAUUUGUUGCUGCAUGUUUUGGUGCCAUUGCCUCAUUUAGAGACCUGCACCGGACGCUUCGUUGUCGGAGAGCUCAUCACCUGCAACGUUCUGCUCCCUCUCAUUGCUAAACUGUCUGACCCUGACUGGUUAAACAUUCUCAUGAUCGGAAUAUUCGCCAAGUCCAGCAAACCACAGGAUCCAACUACAACAGAGCCACUGGCUUCAUCAUUACCACUACCACCACCGCCUGCUGACUCCGAGCUCGCUCCACCGCAAGAGACAACACAAGUACCUCAAAAGACUAAUGAAGUUCCUCCACUAAGAGCUGUGACUGAAGUGGUCAAUGACUCAGAAAUGGCUUCGCCUGAGCUUGCCGCCUACGAUGUGAUUGACUCAGACGAGGUGAACGAGAACAACACUGAAGAAGAAGAACCUACUCUACCCUUUUUAAGGAAUUACAUGAGAGGAAGCAAGUCAAACCCAUUUUACCAGGAGAAUGACUCGGACCUGGAUUCUCCUUUGGCUGACUAUAAACAAAGUUCCAUUGAUUCUCUUGUCAUGAUAGACCAAGAGGAUAACAGUAAUGGUGUGGACCUGGAGGAAGUUUACCCCAGUCCAGUGGAUGGCUCCUGUCCUAAAGUCCUGGUGAAUUCAGAACCAGUAGGGCAUCUCAAUGGCUGCGAGCCAUCAUCAGUUAGGACAGCAGAGGGGACUCCGAGUAACAGCAGCCUCCAGGACUUGGAGAGGGAGGGCAGUUCCCCUUCAGUAAACCCAGCCAGAGAGUUUCUUCUGGGACUUGAACACACUGGGCUGGGCAACCCCAAUGAGCUGACUGUAGUCAGUCCGUUGCAGGGCUCUUCCCCUAUUCCCUCGUUCAGUUUUGAGCCCCUCAGCAGCCCUGAUGGACCAGUCAUAAUCCAGAACCUUCGCAUCACGGGCACCAUCACAGCUAAGGAACACCGCGGCACUGGCUCACACCCCUACACUCUUUACACCAUCAAAUAUGAGACAGCGAUGUGCUGUGAGAGCCCAGACAGCAUCCAGCCAGGCUCUGAGGAGGCUGAAGUUGCAUCGUCAGAUUGUGAGAACCCAUCACCCAUUCAGCCAGUAGCAUAUCACAUGGUCAACAGACGAUACAGCGAGUUCCUCAACCUGCAAACACGACUGGAAGAAAAAACUGAAGUACGGAAACUCAUCAAAGGUGUGAAAGGUCCAAAGAAAGUUUUUCCUGACAUGCCGUUUGGAAACAUGGACAGUGACAAGAUAGAGGCCAGGAAAGGACUUCUGGAGACCUUUCUAAAGCUACUCUGUGCCAUCCCUGAAAUAGCCAACAGUGAAGAGAUGCAGGAGUUUCUGGCUCUCAAUACAGACGCUAGGAUUGCCUUUGUCAAGAAACCUUUCAUUGUGUCACGCAUAGACAAGAUCAUGGUGAAUGCCAUUGUGGACACGCUGAAGACCGCGUUUCCUCGUUCAGAACCUCAGAGCCCAACAGAGGAUAAUGAGUCCGAGAUGGAUGGAGGGAAAAUCUGUGCUGACAAGAAGAGCAAGUCUCGGCUGAAGUUCUCCAGUAAAAACAUUCCCUUUAUGAACGGCUCAGACAUUAAACCGCCGCUUUUGUUCAGUUGGGAGCAAACUAGCACCGUGUUUAACGGGAUGUCUUUGGGAGAUCUGCAAGCCUUUGUCACUGAACAAGAAAAACUGUCAGUCAGAGUCGAGGCAGAGAGGGAGGACAGUCCGGUUAUAAGAGACUUCGGAGGCUUUCUGGGUGACAGCUCGAGAGGAAAUCACAGUCAGGAACCUGUGGGCACAGCAUCUGAGAUGGCGCUGGCUGAGGUGGCUCUGAACAUCCUGUGUCUGCUGAUGAAGGAGCAGUGGAGCUGGCUGUGCACCGAAAACAUUCAGAGGACCGUCAGGCUGCUGUUUGGGACCUUUAUUAACAGAUGGCUUGAUACGAGUGUAGCCAACCUGACAUGCACUGCGUACUGGGUGGUGUACCUGCAGGUCAUCCAGGAGGCCGUGUGGCCAGGAGGAGCUCUGCCAACUGGCCCUCAACUUGAACGCAGCCAGCAGCAGAUGGACGGCACCAGGCAACAAGCAUUACACUGUCUGAUGAGAAUCCUACCAGAUCUGGUCUCUGACAUGUUGGGCUCAAACAAGUACAAACUCAGCUGGCAAACUGCACUUGACUCUCUGCAAAACCCCUACAUUACCAGACAUCUGGUCUACUGCAUAUUUGAUCUUCUGCUGGAGUUCCUGGUUCCUGAAAUACCUGAAGAGGGCUUCCAGAGGAGCCUGCUGCAAACCCUCUCCAAGAACAUAGAGAAGCUGCUGGCAUGAGGAGAAAAUCCACAGGAACACCGGCAAACCCAGCUUCCAUCAUCCGGACGGAUCAUUCACCACUGAUGAACUGCUGAAAAGCAGAGUGACAGCGAGGCUGUUCUACUUAUGUUCUGCGAGGGUGAGAGUGAAGGUUUCGGGUGAGACUGAAUAUUCUCUGUCCCCACUUUAAACUCCUGAGGUCCCUUAAUGCCCCCUUAAUUAGGUGUUGAUGCAUCGACAUAUGAGGCUCUUCAACAUAGUGACCUGUAUACACACACACUAACACAAACUACAUUUGAAGCAGCCUUGAUUACAUUAGAGCACCUGGUGUGUGUUUGAUCUUAGUGACGUGCUGGUCAGAUCUAAACAUGUGGCAAAGCCAUCUGCGAUCUCCACAUCAGGCCUACGCUCUCUGGCUUUGGCGAAACUUUAUUUGCACUCUGCCCUCAUUCCCUCUUGCAGUUUCUGGGUAGAAAAACCCACACCUGUUGCUCUUAUCUGGAGAAGCAGGAUUUGCUUCCCCCCCCAACUUAAAUCUCAAAUUGGUCUAUUGGGAUUUAGCAUCAAUGUUUCUAUUCUCUGUUGACCCAUUCUUCAAUAUCCCACUGGCUCUGUAUGGAGACACACAUGUGAUUCUGACAUAGUGUGAGCUAUACUUCCUAAAUCUAAGCCUUCCUGAGGGAUCGCAUGUAUCUGGCAGUGAUUUAUUUUUUGAUAUUUUUUUAAUAAAUACUGUACUGUAGUGUGGUGAAGAGUUGGCUAUAAGAUGUUUUACUGGCUUCACAAUGCGUCACAGUUCCUUUAACAGGUCCCUCUGAGAAUGAUCUGUGCAGUUAAUGUCUAAAUCAUAUAAGAACUGGGCUCCACAAAAACAGGUACUAAAGGAUUUAGGAUUGGUUUUUGGUCGAGGUCCACGCAACGUAAAUGGUUAACUGCUGGGGUCUCCCUCGCUUUAACUGUUAUCUAUCCAUGCUAUCCGGUCUCUGAAAUGUCUGUCUCCACACACAUACAAUAGAAUUCAAUUUGUGGUCGUCACAGCAUAUAAGAAUUAGGUAAAUAAAAAAUCAGUAGCAAUCAUAGACUGUAUAUCAGAAGUAGACGUAGUCACCGUGACGUCACCCCAUUCGUUCGUGGACUAGAGGGCGGAGCUAAGUACAACCGAACGCUGAACUAGACAUUUUGAGGCGACCAAAAUGUUACAAUUAACUUUCAUGAACUGAAAACACAAAGUAAAAGGGUUAAAGUUCAAAGACAAAAGCAUGGACAACACCCAAACCAAACUGGACAACAUCGUGGUUGCGACCUGUCGAUCACAAAGUAGCCACGCCCCAAAGCCUAUGCUGCUUUAUCGUCUACUUUACUCUAAUUGGGACCAUAGUUUACUAAAUGAACAUCCUGGUGUAUUGAAGAAGACUUGAUACUAAAGUUUGAGACCGUACAUUUGUAACGGAAAUGUUUAAUUACCUAAUAAUAAAGUAAGAAGUAGGGACAUUUUCUCAUAGUCUUCUAUACAAUCGCGCUUCUUUAUGUAACCAGAGGAGUGGCUCCCUGCUGGAUAUUAGAGAGAAUGCAGGUUUAAGGCACUUCAACAUUGGCUUCACUUUUCAGCCUAAAUGUUUCCACCAGGAAGCAACGUUCCUCUAGCUUCUCACUAGAACUACUAUUGCUGAGGAAAUAAUGAAAACUGCUGACUGUGCAUUCUGUGGCUCUUGCUAACACUUUUACAGCAGAUAUUUUGAAAUAGCCGGAAAAGCAUUGUUACGAGUAACAUUACAGGUCAUUUUUGUGGUGGUGGCCUAGUGGUCUGGUGGUACGGCUUCCAAACAGAACACCAGAUGGUUGUGAGUUCAAUACCAGAGCUGCCACCAGUUUGCCCCUGAGCUGCUCCAGGGAGACUGUCCCUGUACUUAGUUCACUGUGAGUCGCUCUGGAUAAGAGUGUCUGCUAAAUGACCUGUAAUGUAAUGUAAUGUAAUGUAACAUUAACAAUGGUUCUAUGCUAAUAAUUUGGAAAUCUUACAGCCUUCAUGGUGGUAACAACAAUCAGCACAUCUUUCUCAGUUGGAUGAAGACAAUGAACAGAAAACUGUUGUAGUUCACUGAAAAUAUCCAAAGUAUGUUACCACACAGAUGAUCCUUUAUAUCUCUAUCACAGUGUGACCCUAAUGUCUUAACACAGGCUGUCUUACUACACUGUUCAUCUUCAGUUGCAGCUAGACACUGGCAACAUUUUCACGUUCCAAAAUGUUUUCACAUAAAUAUGAAGUAGUUAUGUGAAUUGUAAUACUGCGCACCUUGUAUGAAUGUAUUUUAUUUUUAGGAGUAUGGAGUCCAAAUUGAUUAUAUUGAGAUUAAGAUAUGCAGUAUUUUCUCAUUUAAAAUACAUUAAAAUCAAAUAAGUCUCCUGUGGCUGAAUCUGCAUAUUCAGUUCUGUGAUGUGGGACUCUGAUGCCAGGUUUAACAAAUGUUACAUUCAAUCUUGUACGGAAAAAAAACUUCUUCAUUCCAGUGUUUUGGACUCAUCACAGUCUCUUUAUUUUCCUUUCUAUUGUGUUAUCUUGUGAUUCAGCCUAUUUAUUAACAUAUAUUUAUUUGCUUAAUGUGCUAAUUUAUGACUUUUUCGUGAGUCCUCGCUUAUAAAGUGCUUUUAACUUGAUUUUGCCUAACUAGGUGACUCGAUGAGGUUUGGUCUGCCUGUACAACAGUAAUGCAGCUGCAGUGAAAGUGCAAGUUCCAGCUCUCUGUAGUGAAACUGUUUUUAUUGUGUCAAAGUGUGCUGUUAAAGCUGUUACAGUUAUUUGUUGUAAAGAUUAUAUAUAAUAAUAAUAAUAAUAAUAAUAAUAAUAAUAAUAAUAAUAAUAAUAAUAAAAUGAUUUUCUUAUACUUGUUUACAUGUAUGCUGAUGAAGGAAUUCCAUGUAUGUUGCCAUGUGAAAAAGAAAGACUACACAGCACUUAUUCGUUCUCGUGUCUGUUACAUGUUGCUGCCACUCACAUUAAACAUUUGUUCAGCAUCUCAAUAUAACAACAUUCUCUUGCUUUCACUUUUUCAAGUUAUGACAUUUUUCUUUUCAUUGCUUUUUCUUGUUAUAACAUAAAUUGGCAAAUUAAUGCCCAAAUAAAGGACAGUGUAGCUUACAUAUUGACAGUAAGUGGUUUAUAAUUGAUUAUGUUUUAUUUGAUGCUUGGAUUGAGACGUGACAAAUUAUCAUUCACCUUUCCUUUAACUAUAUCUGUUCAUCAUGUGCAGGAUCGCAGGGGGUGAAUAAGUUAUUCAUAUUCAACAAAGUUAAAAUAAGCAUUGCUGGCGCCCCGGUAGCUCACCCAUAUACAAAGGCUGAGUCCUUGCCACAGUGGCCCGUGGUUCGAGUCCGACCUGUGGCCAUUUUUCAUCUCGUCAUAUUUAGCUACAUGCUUCAUAUGAGUCAUGAACAAUUUGCCAAGUCUGUUUCCAUUGUCGCAUUUUCUUUAAACGUUUACACCUCAGCUAAGUGUUUCCACUUUUAUGCACAAAUUGAAAUUUGUAUAAAAACAGCUGGAUGAAAAGGUACCUGUUGUAACUUUGUGUCGCCCGAUCCAUAAACUGGCCACUGCUCUCUUCUAAAGUAAUUUAUUUUCUGUUAUAAAGCUUCUACAUCAUGACAAAUGUCAAUGUCAUUGAUGUUUUCUUACUUCUGCAAAGUAAGCUUAGACAAAACCAUGUGUUCACACCCAUAGUACAUAAAAACAUGUGUUGUGUGAUCAACGCUGCACUAUCUCUUUAUAUUUAUAACAACAUGUCAACUUAUGUUAUAAAGAGAAACUUUCCUUGUUUUAAUGAGACAUGUUGAUUUUGUGUAAUAAUUAAAUGGUUUUGAUAAAACAAAAUGCAGGUUAUGGUGUUGCAGCAGAAAAUGGUCCAUGUAAAAAUAUUUACGCAAUGAAAAGUAUCUUGUUAUACUAUUACCAGGGUGAUUAUAAAGCAAGAAAUAUUUGUCUUUAUGACACAAAAAAGUAUCAAAUUGUGUUUGUAAUGGUGGCAGCACUAUGCUUCCGUACUUAUCUGCUUAAUAGAUGCUGUUUGUCUUUGGACAACACAUAUUUAUGCCAAAUGUUAAUUAGAGGAGCCAGUGUUUUAUAGACAGUGACAAUAUAGAUUAAAGCUUUAUGUGUUUUCUGAAAGUGUAUAAUCCUGUUCUCGAUCACCUUUGUACUGUUUUCCACUGCGUCUGGUGUUUGUCUACACUGUCACUGGACACGUCAAGUUGUGCACGGUAACUCUGGGAAUCUGUCUCCAUUUGCGACCACAGAUUGUUUCAGUCUUUUAAACAUUUGCUGGGUGUUCCUAAACAUAUUUGUAAAAACAAUAAAGUUACCAAACAUGAGUUAUUAAACCUUAAA